GGACAUUGAAGCUAGGCUCACUGUUUGAAGGUGGUUGAUACGUCAGCUCUACUGUAGAUAUGCAGUCAAACGUCGAGCGUUCUGAAACUGGAAGGCGACUGAGCUAUUCCAGAGCUGAAAUUUUAGCUCUUUACGACUGCGGGAAGUCCAUUGCUUUACAUAAUGAUGUGGUUAAAAAAUCUCAUACUGGGACCCGUGGUAUGUCAACUUCACAAAUAAUUAUUUGGUUUUAAAUUUAGCACCUCGACCUAAACCCCAAAGAAAAAAGACUAGUUAUUCACAGUCAAGCGAUGGAGACGCCCAAAAAACUCAUGGUAGUAGUGGUGAGGAUCUGACUACUCAAGAAGUUGAUCCUAAUACCCAUGGCUGGCAUCGUAUGAACCGUAACGCCUGGAAUGCACAAUCGGGUAGUUCUUCACACCACCCUCAUCAACGAUAUCCAAGUGGACCAACUGGGGACGUCGAUCCUUCAACUCUCGUUUCCCAAGCAAAUGGUCCCUUGCGUCCCACUAAUGAAACAAAAAGAGGAGGGCAUGGUGAUUGGUCCCGAGGAUGUGCUGGUUGGCGUCAACGUUCUUACAGUGGUAGUGAGCAAUCUGAUAUCUUCUAUUAUAACCACUCCAAUCACCGAGGUCGGGGUAAUGGGCACCCAUCUAAUGAAGUUGAUGGAAAUAUGGGACGUGGACGUGGUCGAGGGCGUGGUUCAGGUCGUCAAGGCUUAACACAUCGAGAACCUGUUGGUGGUGGUCAGUCACAAACUUCAGGCGGUAAUGCUUGUAGACCUGCCAGUUGCUUAGUUGAUACUCCUGGGGGGCAAUCAGUUCAACAAACCAAAAAUGGGAGGAUUUAUUCCAAAUCAUUUUGUAGUGAUCCACCGCCUGGUUUCGAUCUACCAAUUCAUAAGAAACCUUCUAAUGAGUCAUCAUUUGACAAAACUUGUCAAAAAGAAGAUGUUUUCAUAGAUAAUAUUGAUUCAGUACCUAUUCAUCAUUGCCAACCUGUGAAGGAUGAUUCUUCAAAGAGUUCUAAACAAUCUAUUAUACAUCCUUGUCAUUGGUAUUAUAUCGAUUUGUUUACAUGUACUCAAGGUCCAUUUACAAAUCAACAAAUGAGUACAUGGCUUGCUAGUGGUUAUUUACCAUUAUCAUUAAAAAUACGUCGUGAUUGUGAUGAAUGUUUUCUUAGUUUAGCUGACCAUAUGAAUUUAGCUGGACGCAUUCCAUUUUGGACUGGCUAUAAUCAACCACCUAUUACAAAUGUAAAUCUAUCAACACUUACUGGAUUAAACUAUAAUAGUAAUAAUAAUAAUGGUAAUCAGGUAUUAAUUCAUUCAACUAUUAUCAACAACCAAACACCCUCCUCCUCAACUCCACCAGGUAUUGCAAACCGUAAAACAGAUUGUGAAAUUUCACUUCCACAAUCCACAUUAACAACAUUUGAUGAAAAUACAAUUCAGCUUCAAAACAAAGGUGACGUUAAUGUUUCUGAUAAUGAUCAAACUCAGGUAACAAUCAAUAAUGAUUCAAUAACAUCACAUAUCUCAACAUUAUCAUCAAAUACUAUCUCGUCUUCCAUAGCUGAAUAUUCAGAAUCCCAAACUCUUCAUCAUUCAUCUUCAUUUACUGGAAUUGAUGAUAAGGCAUUGUUGGAUUUAUAUAAUGAAGCUAAAACUAUUGCAUUACAUACAUCUAAAAUUGAAGCAGAACGUUUAGCAUUAGCAAAUAAAUUAGCUGAAAUUAAUAGUACUACAGCUAAAUUAUUAUCAAAUCUAUGUCCAACACAAUUAAGUUCUACAUUGACAGAAUCAUUAAUUCGUACAACAAAUGCUGUACAAACAGAAUUAGCACGUAUAUUAGAACCAUGUAUUAAUAAUGAUGGUGAUAAUAAUACUAUUCCUGGAACUACCUUCUCCAAUACUCUUGACGACGGUUCGAAUAAUAAUAUUAAAACUGAUAAUGACAUCAUUUCACCUAUUCUUAAUGAUCAUAGUAACAGUACAACUAUUAAUUCGUCAUCGAAAUUUUCAACAUUACCAUCUUUAGGAAUAGAACUUACAAAAUCAUUAUCUACUCUAACAAUACUUGAUAAUGAACAUCUUUUAGAUUCAACAAUUAACAAUCAUGAACCUAAUAAUAAGCAUACAAAUAAUAAUGCACAUGUUGAUAACAACAAUAUUGCUUCUGAUGAUAAUGAUAAAAAGCAUCAACAAUUUCAAUCGAUAGAAAAAUCAAUUCCUGAAUGUGACAUUGCUGUAUCAUUGAUUUCAAAUAAUGAAAAGGAAACAUUAACAAUUACAAAGAAAUCUAAACGUAAAAAUAAGAAAACUAAUAAAAAAUUAACACCAGAUGAAGUACGUCAAUUAGCUUGGGAGUCAGAAUUCAAUCGUCGUAAAGCUGCCGCAUUAGAACAAUCAUUAGCUGAAGAAGCAAGAUUAAAGAAGUUGGCCGAAGAAGAGGCAAUGACCAUAGCUGCAGAAAAAGCUUUAGCUGUACAGGAAAAAAAUCGAACUCUUAUUGAACAGCGUAAACGUGAAAUAUCACGUCUGAAAGCAGAUAGUGAAUUGGCUCAGUUAAAGUUGCCUGAAUCUGCACGAUGGGCGGCGGCUGCUACUAGUAAUAUAAAUAUCACAAACAAGGCUGCUCCAAUAGAUCUACGAUCAAUUCAAGCUGCUCAAGCCGCUGAAGAGGCAAAAAGAAAAUAUCAUGAUGCAUUAAUGUCUGAACAAGUUGCUGUAUUGAUAACAGCUGAAGCAGCUACUCCAUCAACAAAAACUCCACUUUCAUGGUCUCAAAUUGCUAAAUCUGAUACAAUAUCUUUAACGCCUAUAAGUCCAUGUAUUACAAAGGAUGAUAAAACAACUGAACGUUCUAAGUGUGCUGUUGUUAAAUCUUCUAAUAGUAAUAAUAAUGGCCCAAUACAGAAAUCCACUGGUCAUUCAUCAAAUAGUAAUAAUACUUCAUCUUUAACACAAUUGGAUUAUUUAAAAAUCAAUUCAACAUCAAAAACAUCUUUGAAUAACAACAUAACUUCUAUUGCUUCUUCUACAUCUAUCUCAUGUUCCCCAAAAGUGAAUAAUACAAUUGUUAACUCAGUGACAACAACAACAAAUACACCUUCAAUAUGGGAUCUACCUGUAACAAAUAAUCUAGAAAAUACUAAUAGUGCAACUGGGAAAAAAAGCAGUUCAAAAAAGAAAAAAAAAAAUCGUGAAGUUUCUUUACUUCCUGCUAAAGAAGAACUUGCUCAUUGGUGUGAAUCUCAGCUGUCUUCCAUUCCUUUAUCUGGAGUUGAUUUACCUACUUUAGUGGAUUUGUUAUGUGAACUACAGGCUACAGACGAAAUCUUAGAAUUCAUUGAAACUUCAUUGGGACGAUCAAAGCGUAUAACACAAUUCUCUAAAGAUUUUUUACAAAAACGUUCAUUAUUUCGUCAAUAAAACAUAUUGAUGAUAAUAAUAAAUUGAUUUCAUCUGUUUUACACUACUAAAUUCACUCAAUCUCACCUACGGAGAGAGAUAAUUAACAAUAAUCUACACUGUUAAUACUGAUGUUGUUGUCUAUUUAAGUUUCAAAUUCUGAUUAUUCUCUUCAUCAAUAAGUCAUUCCCUUUUUACUUCUAAUGACAUUCUUGUUUUUUUUUUGUCUUAUUUCUUUUUUCCUUUAUAAAAUUUGGAAAUAAUCAUUUCUUAUCAUUAUUCUCACGUCGUCGUCGCCGUCGUCACUCCCCCCCCCACACACACACACAAAUGCUCGCAUGCCAUCGUGCACGCAUGAGCUCAUCAUUCAUUAUUCCUAAUAAUUUUAUUUUUAUUUAUCUAUUUCAUAAAAGUUCCAUACAGAAAUUGAUUCAACUUCUUCACUUUCUUUAGAAAAACAACACUCGCAUUUUUCUGUUUAUUUGUUUGUUUGUUUGUUUGUACUUUUUAUUGGAAAAAUGCAUUUUCUUUUCUACUCUAUCUAUCGAGUUCCACAAUUAACAGUAAUGUAAAAUGUUACAUAAACUCUCUUAAUGUGUAUGUGUCCCCCCUUCGGUUCCCAACCCCCUUUUCUCUACCCCUCCCCCCCCUCUCUCUCUCUCUCUAACUCUGUUUCUGUGUCUAUCUAUUUCACUUGUUGUUCUUUUUUCUUCUUUAGAAUUCACAAUUAUUCAAUUUAUAUUAAAAAAAAAUAUGUGUACAUAAUGUUUGUUUUUUUUU